AUGAGUUAUUCAAUUGUGCUGGAUACUAAUUGGAUACAGAUUCAUAUCGCUUUUGACACUCGUGUCACAGCCAGUAAAGGCUUUGCUUAUGUGCAAUAUGCCGAUGCUGAGUCUGCCGUUGAUGCCUAUGAACAGCUUGAUGGAAAGCACUUCCAAGGCCGUCUCCUCCAUAUUUUGCCAGCCACAGCCAAGAAGACCUAUAAGAUUGAUGACUAUGAAUUGUCCAAACUUCCCUUGAAAAAGCAGAAGGAAAUUAAACGGAAACAAAAUGCCUCUUCUUCAACCUUUAGCUGGAACUCUCUGUACAUGAACGCCGAUGCUGUUAUGUCUUCAGUCGCGGGAAGACUCGGAGUGUCCAAGUCUGACUUGCUUGACCCUACUUCUUCUGACGCUGCUGUGAAGCAAGCACAUGCUGAAACGCAUGUCAUUCAAGAAACGAAGGCUUACUUCGCCAACAACGGAGUGAAUAUCGAUGCUUUCAAGCAACGUGAACGUGGCAAUACGGCUAUCCUAGUCAAGAACUUCUCCUACGGCGUCAGGUCGGACGAGCUCAGGAACUUGUUCGAGCCAUACGGCAAGAUCAUCCGAAUGCUCAUGCCACCUAGUGGGACUAUUGCGAUUGUAGAGUUUGCACGACCGGACGAGGCCCAGAAGGCUUUCAAGGGUAUGGCAUACCGCAAGUUGGGUGAUUCCAUCUUGUUCCUGGAGAAAGCCCCCAAGAAUUUGUUCGAGGGUGCCGCAGCUCCGCGCGAAUCUGCCCCCGAGGUUCGGGGCAAAGAUUCUGGAUUCUCGACAGCCGAUACCUUCGCUGCAGAUGAGGCAGACGAUGGUGCCUCAACUGCCACAUUGUUUGUCAAGAACUUGGACUUCGCUACAACCAACCAGAAGUUCGUGGAAGCCUUCCGCCCUCUCGAUGGUUUCAUCACCGGUCGCAUCAAGACGAAGCCCGACCCCAAGAAACCGGGACAGACGCUUAGCAUGGGUUUCGGUUUCGUGGACUUCAAGACCAAGGCUCAAGCCCAGGCUGCCCUCACGGCCAUGAAUGGUUACAAGCUGGACCAGCACGAGCUUCUCAUUCGUGCAUCUCACAAGGGCAAGGAUGCUGCCGAGGAGCGCAGAAACCAGGACAACGCGAAGAAGGCUGCCGCCCGGCGGACAAAGAUCAUCAUCAAGAACUUGCCAUUCCAGGCCACCAAGAAGGACAUUCGGUCCUUAUUUGGAGCCUAUGGCCAGCUUCGUUCUGUUCGCGUGCCACAGAAGUUCGAUCGCACGGCUCGUGGUUUCGGUUUCGCAGACUUUGUAAGCGCUCGCGAAGCGGAAAAUGCCAUGGAUGCGCUGAAAAACACGCAUUUGUUGGGCAGAAGAUUGGUGUUGGAAUUCGUGAACGAGGAGGCCGUCGAUCCCGAGGAGGAACUUGCGCGCUUAGAGAAGAAGGUAGGAGAGCAGGUGGACAGGGUCAAGCUCCAACAGCUCACCUCUGGUGCCGGGCGCAAGAAGUUUACUGUAGGAGGGCAGGAGGACGAGGCAUGA